CUGAACAUUAUGCAAAUACUGCUCGUUUUCUGAAAGUUUCUACACAUUCGAAUUCUUUUACUAAGUUUGGGAAGAAUUCUAGCUUUUUGCAGCGGAAUUCUUCUAACUUUAAUUCAGAAAAUAUGUGAAUUUGCACUAGAAAUGAGAACCUUCUGGAAACAACUUCAACUGAACAACGCUUGUUUACACCGGAGCUGACAUCUGAAUGUCUUUCUCAAUUGAUUGGGUUCCAAAUGAAAUUUCCGAUUUUUGAAUUAGAGUGAAACUAUCGAUUUAGAAGAUAAAUUUCUAUCGAAGAAUAAGUGAUUCUAAGAUGAGUGAUGCUGAUCUCGAGACGAUUUGUAUCACUGGUUCGCGUCCUCCUUACAAGAAAGCUGCUUGGGUGAUCGGCGAAGUUGCUGAAGAGAUUCGUGCUCAAACAUCGCCAGGAAAACAAAGAAUCUCUGAAGAAAGAAAAACUCAUCUCAGACCAAAAUCAACCCCAAGUAGGUUGAAUGUCAGCUUCGUGGGACCUCAUAGAUCCAGAUGUGCAAGAUUUGGGCAAGUCUAUAGUGCAAAAGAUAGAAAAUCUUUAGAAGGACCCCUCCCUGAGGAAUCAACUAGUACAAUUGUUCUUUCUCCUGGUUAUGUAUUAUCGAGAUCUAAGGAAAAAAUCAACAUGACCAUCAAAACUGAUGAUUUCUUCUCAGAACAAAAGACAAACAAGAGUCACAGAAAAAGGUUGAAGCCACCAGAUGAAAAGGAUGUUAGAAUUAACCAACUUGUCACUCAAGUGGACGACCUAACACUUUUACUCGAGGAAGAGCGACUGAACCACAAAUUCCAAGCAAGAAAGAAUGUCGAGAACAACAAGAUGUAUGUUGAACAGAUCCAUCAAGAGCACCGAGAACAUAUCAUGUCUAUCGAGAAUGAUCACGCUGAUGAUAUUGAAAGACUAAAGGAGGAAUUUGAACAACAGAUGCAGCAAGAACGAUCCUUAGCCGAAGCUGAGAAAGCUCGGAUUCAAACGGAGCUUGAAACCUUGCAAGGGGCCUUCGAAGCGUACAAGGUUACCGUGGCUACUGAAAUGGACUACAAAUGGGAGAGAAGAGAGAACGAAAUAAGAUAUAACUACGAGAAACAGAAAGAAGAUGCUAUGACAGAACUCAGAAAAGAACUCCUUCACGACAAAAACAAGGAGAUCGACGCAAUCAACAAAGAACAUCAGCGCCAGAUCAUGGUACUUGUGGACGAUCAUGCUAAGGAAGUUGAUCGCUUAAUGGAGAAAUUCGCAGAAUACAUUCAAGACUCAGAAAACCUAAAAAAAGUGCUGACGCAGAUGCAGGCAAUGACACAAGAGAACACAGAGUUAAAAGAAAAGAUUAAAACAGUCUCCGAGAAGCUCAAGAAAACACAAACAGAUCUUGAAAACAAAAAAGUCAAACUUGCUGGCUAUGAAGAGCACUUUGCCGAGAAGGUAGCCGAGGUGGACAACAAGUACUCAAUGCGCAUGCACGGACUGAUGUCGGAUAACACGGAAUUGAGGCACCAUUACAUGAAGAAAGUUGAGGAGGUGCUGCGUCUGCAAUCCGAAGAAACAACCAAGCAAGACGAAGCCUUGCACGCUGCAAAAGACACCAUGCAAGCCAUCAUUAUGGCGCGCACAAAGAGCAAUGUCAGCCUCACAGCUCUGAGAACAGAAUCAGAGCAACACCGUCAACACAGCAAGAAUAACAGUUCCGCUAAUGACCCUGCUUAUUUAGAAAGGCGCUCAAGUUUACCAACAACACGAGAAGAACUUAGCAUUGCCUUACAACGAUCUUCAAAGAUAGAGAAACUGCCGCGAAGACCAAAGACACCAACCUUAGCUGAACUGGGUGCGGCACACAAGCCUCGACCGCAUACCUCACAUUAUGCAAAACAGACUAGUCCCAGGGCUGCUCCAUGUAGUGCUCGGGUGGGACCAAGUGGAAGUUUUCAUCCAACAGAAGUGAAUAUUUCUGAUCAGGGAAUCAGGAACUUGAAACUCCCAUAGAUUGUAAUACAGUAGGGAUAGCAGUUUGAGAAAGCACUUGCAAGGUAAGAGGUUCAGUGCCGAUAGUUUAAAAGAAAUGGGUUUGCGACUACACCAACAAAGGGCAUGCACCCUGAAAAAUUUCCAUACAAAUUGGCCAAUCACGAUUGAGUAUUUAAGCAAUAGGAUCUGUACAAAUUUUGAUAUUUUUUCAGUUCCUUUAAAAGCAUAUAUUUUACUUCAUACGAGUAUGUAUGUUAUCAAGAGUGAACAAAAACUAGUUUAACAUCCAGAAUUCAUCAAUUCAUCUUUUAUUCUGUGUUAAAAACAUGAUUUGUGAAUUUGAUUUAAAGUUUGUUUGGGUGGCCUUGGUUGGCGUAGUUGCACUGUAGCCUAGUAGCUAUUCUUCGAUUAGCUUCGAUUACACGUCGUCGUGGCCAUUGUUUUUUUUUUAUAGAUUUUUUAUUUCACUCGUAAGAAUUGUUAGUUACUAUUUAACGUUUUUUAAUGAUUUUCUUACAAAGGUUUUGAAAUGAAUAAAAAGAAUAAUAACUGUAAGAAGAAAAGUAACAAAUAGACUAAAUACGGACUGUAAUGAUGGAUUAAAGGGAUGGUUUUUA